AUGCCGCCGCUGGCCAGCAGCAUGGCCGUCGCCAGGUUCAGGCCGCCUUCUCCCUGCGACGUCACCCCCGAUAAAAAACCGGUAUCUUUUGCAUUUUUUUUGUUGUUUCCCACACUUUGUGUUUAUAAAAUUGUCCAGUGCUUCGACAUGACGAAUGUGCGAGUAGAGCGCGCGAACCAGUGCCACUCGAAUAUGAUCCGUUUGUUCCUGUACACGCACUGCUGGCCGCGCGAGCCCAGCGUCGUCGGCCUCUGGAUGUCUUCCGACAGUCCCUACCUCGACAUCCUCACUGACAAAUACUCCAAUUCAGGUGACCGCUUUUUGGCGUUCGAGCAACUGGACCGUACGCGCGAGUCGCGGCUGAUCGGUGUGUGCGUGGCUAAUAAGCUGUUCCCGUGGAUGGUGGCCGAGCUGGAGGAGUGGGCCAAUUUUACGUAUUGCAAACCAGACCGCACUCGCAUGUACUUCAUAGCUCACUGCAUCAAGAAUGCCGACCUCAUCAGGAAGUACAACCUCGAAUACAUUUAUGACGUGGAGGUGCUCUGCACAGACGCGUCGGUGGCUGCGCGCGGUGUAGGCACGCGGCUGCUGGACGUGACGCUGGCUCACGCCGACGACCUCGGCUACCCUCUCGCACAGGUCAUCGCAGUCAGUCAUUACGCUGCGAAGAUUUGCGAGAAAUGUGGCAUGAAGCGCGAGUGGUCGAUGGACUAUGACGACUACGUGGACCGCACGGGCCACCAGGUGUUCUUCCCCCGACGGCCGCAUCUCAGCGUCGCCGUUUACUCCAAGUUCUUCGACCCCACCAAGCCCAAGCCGCUGCCGUGCAAACCACCUUAUCUGUGAUCUGUUCAAAGGCAUCCUGUCCUGU